AUGCGCUAAGAAUACCGCGGCGAGGCCAGGGCAAGGCAGGAUGCUGGCGGGCCAGCCAGAGCUCCCGAUGCUGUCGCACGCGCACUUCGCGCCGCAGCCGCCGCCGCCGCACCAGGCGCCGCCGCCCGUCGCGCACCCGGCCGCCAUGUCGCCGCUGCUGCCGAGCUUCGGCUUCACGCAGGAGCAGGUGGCGUGCGUGUGCGAGGUGCUGCAGCAGUCGGGCAACAUCGAGCGCCUGGGCCGCUUCCUGUGGUCGCUGCCCGCCUGCGACAAGCUGCACAAGAACGAGAGCGUGCUGAAGGCCAAGGCCAUCGUGGCGUUCCACCGGGGGAACUUCAAGGAGCUGUACCGCCUGCUGGAGUCGCACCAGUUCUCGCCGCACAACCACUCCAAGCUUCAGGCGCUGUGGCUGAAGGCGCACUACGUGGAGGCGGAGAAGCUGCGCGGGCGGCCCCUGGGCGCCGUGGGCAAGUACCGCGUGCGGCGCAAGUUCCCGCUGCCGCGCACCAUCUGGGACGGCGAGGAGACCAGCUACUGCUUCAAGGAGAAGUCGCGCUCCGUGCUGCGCGACUGGUACGCGCACAACCCGUACCCGAGCCCGCGCGAGAAGCGCGAGCUGGCCGAGGCGACGGGGCUGACGACCACGCAGGUGUCCAACUGGUUCAAGAACCGGCGCCAGCGGGACCGCGCCGCCGAGCAGAAGGACGGGACGGGGCGCAGCUCCGCGGGGGAGGACAAGGCGGCGGCGGGGCCCAGCUCGGCCCUGGACUCCAGCUCCGACUCGGUGGACGGCGACCACAAGCCUGGCAGCCUGGACUCGCACGGCCUCCUCGCGCAGGAGCAGCCCCGCCACGCCGCCGCGGACGCCGUGUUCGCGGGCGAGCUGAAGCCCAGCGUGGCGAGCCUGCAGGCGACGGCGACGCUGGCCGCCUACCAGCUGGGGGCGGCCGCCUCCCGGCCCCCGGGCGGCGAGCACCACCACCCGCACCACCCGCACCACCCGGCGCACCACCACCACCCGGCGCACCACCACGACGCGGCGCUGCUGCACGACUACCACAGCUUGUGACAGUGGGUGUCGGGCUACGGGUACGGCCAGUGAGCCCGUCUAGCGCGUGGACCCGACCUGCGGACACACGGCUCUGUUGUUGCUAGUAGAGACCUCGCACCUCGCCUGCCACGUCACGCCUGUAGGUGGCUCGUACCUUGUGAGGAGCACACAUUAGGGAAGUAUACAAGUGGAGCAUCACCCGUCAGACAUGAGGCCGUUUAUUCCUCCUUGUCUUUCUUAUUUCACAUACCUGUAUGGCGGACGUUCGUUCAUAAUUGUAUGAGCUGUUAUAGUCUGCUUUUACUAACAAGUGUAUUGAUAUGAGUUGAAUUUUGUCUCCAAUUUAACUUCCAAUACAGUUACAGCUGAUACAAAUGUAAACAAACGACCGCCAUACUGGUACGUGUAGUACAUGGAAAUCCCCUCAACUUUUGGCUUCACCCCCCUCAUCGGGAAUCGGACAUUAUGCUCCAUCUGUAUGUUUCCCUAAUCUAUGGUUAGGAGAGAUACGAACCGAAAGACGCCAUCUUGGUUUCAACAGUUAUUUUUAGGCCACAGCAGUUUCCCAUCGUUUGACUUUUCAAAUUUUUGCUUCGCUAAAGCAUAUUUAAAGCAAAUGGUUUCACAUGUGAAGUCAUUGGAAUUUGUUAUUUAUUGUUGUUUGGGAACGACUAUAACUAGAGACCGGAAACAAUUCGUGAUUUCAAUUACCUAUAUGAUCCUCUAUGCACUCGGGCUAGUUACCUCUGCCCAUUGGCUUACUGACUCAUGACAUCAUAACUGGAAUGCUCGCGAAACGAUAUUUUUUGUUGAAAGUUUUUUCAUUGGCCUAGUGUCCUUCAUAUAAACUGUGGCCCAAUCACUGAAGCAGCAAAAAGGCAAAUGUAUUUGGAUUCUAGCCUAUCACAAAAUGAACCUGCGAAUUUUUUGUUCUCUAACUUUAACUAUGACUCUAUAAUAUGGGCUUUCUAAAUAUCUGAAUGUUUGAUGUCUGCCUAAACGAAGGCAAAUUUCCAGUAUUAAACUAAAAAAAAAGUUAUUUAAUUUUAAAAAAUCCUUUGAAACUAAUAUUGUUUCCUUCGGUUUCUGUAUAUCUCUUCUCAAGGGAAUUACGUCCCAAUAUCUAAUUUGUUUUUUUUUUUUUUUAAUUUUUAGUUAUAAUACAAAUAUUUUAUUAUUCUUGAAAUGUUUUUGCUUAGUAAGGCAUAAAAAUACCUUCCCGAGUUUCUUUGUGUUGCUUUAGUAUCAUGUUAGCAACAGGCAAUGCUACCGUCGGAAGUAAACGGCAGAUUGUUUCACGCAGGCGACUUUAAGACAAGUGUCUUACAUCAGUCCUCAAGCACGUACAAGCUUAAUUCCAUUCCCUGGCAAGACACUUUAAUAACACGGAAAAUUGACUUAAAUCUUAAACUAUUUUAUACGUUUAGGAUGGUGGUGAUUAUCUCCCUUAUCUCUCAAAUGAACGUGUUUUAUAAGAUAUACUUAAAGCAAAUUUCCCCGUCGGUCAUAUAAAUAAGUGUUUUGCCUGACAGGGUACAAGAUGGCCAAGGCAAACCUGGGUAUUAUCUGAAACCUCAGAAGCGGCUAUGGCAGUUGACUGGUUCUCUAAAUUGUGUAAAUCUAUGAAGUCUAGUCUCUUAGUCGAAUGUAACGAGAAAUGACGGUAUCUUUCAAGGAUUCCACGUAAUCGCUUCGUAUCAAGGAAGGCUUGGAGCUUAUAUAAGUUAUAGUUUAUUUCAUACGCUCUAGACGACCCUGAGCCAACGAUACACCCUGAUAACUAGAGUUCAUUCCAGAUAGUUAAAAUUCCAUUCUGUUUUCAAGACAUUUAAAGGGUAACCUGGUUGUCCCAACAGCAACUGGUAAGGAUGUACGUGUAAUUGUGCGUAGUUGAAGAGAGGCAUCAGGUUGUCAGAGUUCAUUCCAAUUGUCCGUUUUGAUAGGAAGGUUCUAAAGUCUAAAGUUUAUGCCUAACCGAUCCCUGUGCAGCUCAGUGCAAGUGAUGGGAAUUUUGUGGCAGUCCCUAGUGAAUAGAUGCGAUGAGUAGUAUUUGCAACACGUGACUCAUGCUGUUGGCCCACAGUUUAUCUGAGGACUCUGACCUAAUGAAAGACCCUCAGUUACAUAAAGUACCGACUCACAUGCAAUACACUUUUGAACGUCUCGUAAGUCAGCGAGAAAUGAACUAUUGACAUUAAUCAGAGUAUGCUAAACUGUAGUCUAUCCUAUAAGUCAUGGAACCAGCGAAUUUUUUUACCAUAUCUGUGAUUAGCAUAAUUUAGCGGCUAUUUUUCCAUCUCUAUGAAAUAAUCUACAACAUGAUUCGCUUUUAGGCGCCUAAAAAAAGUGGCACAUUUUAGUCGUUUGGUUACGGAAACUGAACAGUUGUAACGUUUUUAGAAUGAAGCUUUUUACAAAAUACGUUUUACUAGAUCACGUAAAAAAAUCUUGAGUUUAAUGACUUUUAAGACAUUUUCCACUUUCCUCUGCCAGUGUGGGCUGUACGUUCGCUGGUGACAAAUGAAAAGUAUCAACUAGGACGCAUGUUACACUGUACUUAUUUGGCUGAGGGUCUCAUCGGCUUAAAGUCCUUGAGGUAACUGUGAGUCAAUAUCAGGAAUCAAACCUGUGGCGAAAUGAACCCCCCAGUUCUUACAGUCUAAUAUUCACCUUUGAUCGGAACCCGAGUUUCCAAGUUUUCGUGAAUGAUUGCGUUCAUUUGGUGGCAGGUGAAUGCCAUUGAGUCUCGCUGUUGAGGUGACUUGCUAGAGGCACCGUAGCACAGUGGCACACAUUUGUUAGUUAAAAAAUACGGAUCACGUUGGGAAACAUUUGACAAAAUAUAUUCUGUGUAACAUACAGUAUGUUUGCCAUAUCCCCGCAUUAAUCAUAAACACAGACACUUUACAGCACUUUCUUGCUUAAAAAAAGUAUUAUGUAUUCCACAGCAGUGCAUAAUAAAAGUUACUCUUUUUCGCUCGUAAGGUUAAAAAAAAGUUUUGUCUUAAGAGUUUUCAAAUUAAUUGGUUUGAAACAGUAUUUUUUGCCCCCUCACUGUGUUAAAUAACUGGGUGCGAAACAUUACCCAAUAUUUCUUCAAAAUAUAUUUAAAAAAACCCUUUUAACAUUAAAACUACACAAUAAUGGCACAAUGGAGGUUAACAAUUUUAACCAAAAAUCUGCUUUUGUCAUACUAUUUACAUUAUUCGUUUUUCUCCACCCCCACCCGCCAUUUCCAGCAGCCUUCUACUUAAAUUCUUCGUCAUCGACAAAUAUCCGUUAACUCCGUUACCUACACUCCCUGUAAUGACGUCAACGCUCAACUUAACCCUACUGGCAUCGGCAGUGAAGAAGUUUAACUUAUUCCAGAUUGGAAUUUUCUUCGUGAACAUAACGUUCUUGAAUAUGGCAUCGCUUCCUCGUGUAGAUUGGAAUGGGUUUAUCUCUUCUGCUGCAAAUAUACACUUUUUUAAAUUCUGAUGCAAGUCAACGUACUGAGAUCAAGGAUUAAUUUGUGUUAAAAAGGUGUUCAGAAAUGUUAAACUGAUUUUAUCAUUAUUAAAGUUGAAUGUUUUCGUUAGAUUCGCUGUAUAUAGUUACAUAUUUUGUUUGGUUAAACAGUUGGUUGGCGUACUCUUGUAAUAUAAAUAUUGAAAACCAGGAAUCUCAAUCCUUUUGUUUAUUUCUAAGAAAUACGGAGAGAAUGGAAUGCCGAUGUCUUUGUGAAUAUUUUAAUCGAAUACCCCGAGGGUACACAUUGUUACACGACCUGCUUAGCUCCCAAAGCAAAGAGUUAAUUUUUGCAAUGACACAUUUUAAAUUUCAGUGCAGUGAAAGGUUCAUGUUAAAAGACUUUAUGGUUCGCAAAGCAACAGCGUUAUCUGUGCGUUACUUUACUCUAUGCCAUUUCAUAUUUUGAACUGCGGAUAAAAUCGUUUCGUAAGUGACAACAAAAAUGCGAUGAAACAUGUUAUAUUAACGUUAUUGAUUUUUUGUGUGGUAGGGUUUGGCGUUUAUACGUUCAUUAGCACUACGGCGACGUUUACCGUCAACAUUCGUGUAUUAUUUGUUUUCUGCAGUGCUGGAUAACUAUGAGCGUAAUUUACCCAAUAGCUACUGUGGGCUUGCAAUAUUUUUUUUCAAAUAUAAGCCCUGAAGGAUAAUUUUUUGUGUGCUUACUUCCGUUUUCUCCCAAAAAGUAAUGUAAAACCGAGCGUCAAUUUAAGCCUUUAAACAGUUGCGUCUAUUUUUUUUUUCUGAAAUAGGGUGGUAACAAGCUAGGAAUGAUAGUCUGAAGAUGCCAGUAUAGGAUAUAGGGUAUACAAAAUCCUUUUUUAUCUCAACAUAUGCUUAAACAAUUUACUCAUUUAAGUAUUAAUAAAUAUAAUAGCAAAGUGACCUAAACCUCAAGCCACGAAGUCUAAAACAUGGUGUCAAGUAUUUUACAAAACUUUAGUGCUAAGUGAGUAGUUUUUUUAACGAAUUUAGUUUCGCUAUCACUGUGUUAAUUGCAUGGGGAAACUGUACCUUUGCAAGCCAAAUGCGAUUUUCCACAAAAUAAUGUCUGAUUUCUACGGAAAUUGCCAAUAUUUUUUAUUCCGAACCAUUUUCUCAACAAGUUGGUUUCCGUUCUGCGGGGUUUAUCUAUAAUGACAAGCUGUUUCAAUAUUGGUGGUAGCGUUUUGCAUUUCGUUAG